AUGGCUCAUGACAUCUUCUUUAAUGAUUACAAAGUAAAGUUUACACUCGAGCAUGCUUGGUUGGAGCGUCGCCAUGAUCAGAAGUGGUCUGGAGCUUCUUCAACUAGAGAUAAAGUUAGCUCAAAAAGAAGGAAGUUAGAUGAUAGCUCGGCACAGUCAUCAACGUCUGUGGCAAGAGAGGAUGAAGUAAUGGCUCGUCCUGUUGGCGUGAAAGCAGCAAAGGCAAAAGGUAGAAGGAAGGCAAUGGCUUCUGAAGAUGAAGUGAAGAGCCAAGCGGAGUUUCAGAGCUGUUGGGAUAUAAGGCAGAAGGACUUUGCCUUGAAGGAGCAGCUUAACAAGCAAAAACUCCUUGACAGCUUGAUUGCGAAGACAGAACCACUUAGUGAGCUUGAAAUCGCCUUGAAAAAUAAACUGAUAACUGACAUGUUGUCAAGUGGUAUGGUAUGGACAGUUGUGAUGUUGUUGUCUCGGUUGGAUUAUUUUGUGAUCCCGUGA